AUGGCGCCCGAAGGAAGUCCAUCAUCGCUCCAAGCGAUUAGGUACACACGCGGCAGCUUGCAGCUGUUGGAUCAGAGGCUGCUGCCUUUCCAAACGGCGUAUCUAGAUGUCCCAGAUGUGAAAGCAGCAUGGACGCAAAUUCGCGAUAUGGUCGUGCGUGGAGCGCCUGCGAUUGGUUGUACCGGUGCACUUGCGAUGGCGGUGGAGCUUCAAACUCAUAAAGGCGCUGGAACAGAGUUUAGCUCGGUGAAGGAGGCAACGGAUUAUAUUAAUUCUACUUUGGAUUAUCUUGUUACCAGCCGCCCCACGGCAGUGAACCUGGCGGAUGCCGCCAACAAGCUCAAGGCCGCAGCUGCACUUGCCGCCGCAGCUGAUGCUGCCACCCCCUCCUCGGUCUGCUCUGCCGUCAUGGACGCAGCGGAGGCAUACUUCGUAGAGGAUAUUGCAUCCAACAAGGCAAUGGGUGCUACAGGCGCUGCUGCGUUGCUGGCGGCCGCUCAUGCUCGGGGUCGGGGGGUUGGGGGGAAGCUGCGCGUGCUGACGCACUGCAAUACCGGCAGCUUGGCGACGGCAGGGUACGGCACCGCGUUGGGAGUCAUUCGGGCAUUACAUGAGCAGGGCACCCUGGAGCAUGCGUUUUGUACGGAAACGCGGCCGUACAAUCAGGGUGCUCGUCUCACCGCCUUUGAGUUGGCUCACGACCAGCUGCCCGCCACGCUCAUCUGCGACUCCGCGGCUGCUGCGCUGAUGGCAUCAGGGCAGGUGGAUGCGGUCGUGGUGGGGGCAGACCGUGUUGUUGCCAACGGCGACACGGCCAACAAGAUCGGCACCAAGUCGCUGUCCAUCUCCGCCGCCCACUUCAACAUCCCCUUCUUCAUCGCCGCCCCCACCACCACCCUCGACCCCCACCUGCCCUCCGGGGACCACAUCGUCAUUGAACAGCGCACCCACGAGGAGGUGACCCACUUCAGGGGCAUCCGGGUGGCGGCUGAGGGAGUCAAUGUGUGGAACCCCUCGUUCGACGUGGCGCCGUGCGGCCUCAUUGAGGGUAUCAUUACGGAGCGGGGCAUGAUACCCAAGACCAAGGAUGGGGUGUUUCAGGUGAGUAGCAGGGAGAGGGGAAAGGGGGGAGGCAGGGAGGACGGUCUGCUGAAUAGCCUCUGGGAUGAAAAUACGGAGAGGGAAUACGGCACACGAGUAGGCUAG